AUGACUAAUUUCACUACAAUAAGUGGAUUUCUUCUCAUGAUUUCUUCUAGCAAUCCUGAGAUGGAAAUCCUACAUGCUUCUUUGUUUUUGGUCUUAUAUUUAGUGGCUUUCACUGGUAAUAUUCUCAUUAUCACUGUAACUUCCAUGGACAACAGUCUAUAUUCACCUAUGUAUUUCUUCCUGAAACACCUCUCCUUUUUGGAUCUAUGCUACAUUACUGUGACUGUACCAAGGUCUAUUUGCACCUCUUUCAUGCACAGUAGUAAUAUUUCCUUCUGGGAAUGUGUAUUACAGUGUUUUGCAUUCACUGUCUGUGGUUGUGCUGAAAUGGCUAUGCUCACAGUAAUGUCCUAUGACCGCUAUGUGGCCAUUUGCAUUCCACUGCAUUAUGAAAUCAUUGUGGAUGUCAGCACUUGUGUUCAUGGAAUCUUAGCUGUCUGGAUGGGUGGGGUCAUCUCCGGAGUCAUGCACACAGCUGCUACCUUCUCUAUCCACUUCUGCGGUCCCAAUAUCAUUCACCAGUUUUUCUGUGAUGUCCCUGAACUCCUAAAGCUCUCUUGUUCCAACGACUAUCUCGGUGAGCUUGGGGUCAUUGUCUUCUUGUCUUUGGUGGCAUUUCUUUGCUUCCUCUUUAUUGGUCUUUCUUACAUACGUAUAUUUUCUACUGUACUAAGGAUCCCUUCCAUUAAGGGUAGAUCCAAAGCCUUUUCAACAUGCCUCCCCCAUCUAGGUGUUGUUAUAUUAUUUGUAUCUAGCAGUUUUUUUGAGUUUCUAAAGCCACCUUCUGACUCUCCAACUGCACUAGACUUUUUGCUCACUCUGUUUUACACAGUUAUGCCUCCAACACUCAAUCCAAUGAUCUAUAGCUUGAGAAACAAAGCCAUGAUGGCAGCUCUAAGAAAGGUUUUUAAAGGAAGAAAAGUCACCAUGUUUUGUUGA